UGACCAAUCAGCUGAGGCUGCGGGGGCAGAAAGCCGGUAGGUUCAGUUGGACACUUCGAACACAGGACACAAGACAAACAGACACGAAGAGACGGAGGGACACACACCUUCAUCCUGCUCCUCAUCCUCCUCUUCCUCUUCCACCAGGAUCACUGGACCUAACCUGAGACAGGAGGAACCCCCCUGAUUGUCCCUGAGAGUUCACACAGCGAUGGCGAUUCCCCGGGUGUUUAACUCCAACACGCCGUUCAUCAUCGUGGCCGGAGGGUCUGAGCUCUCGUUUCUGGGCAAAGAGGACGACGGCGGCCAUGUUGGCGAGGAGCAGAAGGACUCGCUGGUCCAGGUCAUCGCGCCGCACCUCAACCGGGUGAUGCAACACGGCACCGCCAAGCACGUGGUCACCGCGGGACAGGAAGUGGCUGCAGAGGAUCCAUGUGUCUCCAUAGUCGCACAGGCUGAGAGAGAAGACUUCCAGGAGUUCAGUCCCACCACGACUCAGCGUCCCUACUCCAGAUCUCAGCAGCUCAAAAAGCUCAGGUCUGACUUCAGAGGACCGUCCUUCCUCAGUGACACAGAGGACGAGGACCUGGACGAGGCCUCCAAACUCCCGCUCCACCACCUGCAGAGGAGACAGCGCAGGAAGACGGGAGCAGGACAGAGUCGGGAGGACGGAGGACAGCGUCCUGUGAUCCGUGGUCUGUGGGUGCAGGAGAUCGAUUGGCUGAAAUCAGCAGACGGAGACGCGACCUCGUCGGCUGAGGUCAUCCCGCCUCCUCCUGAGUUCACUGACUCGUGCUCCUGCAGCGUCGGAGGCCGGCUCUCUGGUGGAUGUGAAAUCUGCAGCUGCACAGAUGUGUGUGACUGUGUGGGAGGAUCAGAGGACGUGUCUCCAUCGGAGGAUCGAUACGGAUCGAGAGAAACCGACGACUCAUCGAGCUCUGACGGCCGAGGAGCGUCCGACUCUGAUGGGUCCGCUCAGGACUUGGAAUCUAUUCGCACUCAUGACAGUGACUCGGACUCGUCCUGCUGGGCAGACGAUGACACACCGGCUCCUCAGAGCUCCGCAGUCCAGGCCGAGGUGUCCAGUUUGACCUUUGACCUGAUGCAAGUGUCUGGUUUUAACUCUUGUCCCGCUGAGUGGGAUUCUGACUCUACGGAGUGUGUGCAAAGCAUGCUGGGACUUCCAGACUCCGUGAACACGUGUCGCCGUUCCUUCGGCUGCGAUGACCUCAGUGACCUCGAUGAUGUUCUGGAGGAAAUGAGAGGGAGAGUGACGCAGAUGCCGAAGCAGUUUGUUUCCCCUUUCUUCAAGGAUUUGAUAGAACAGACGUUAAAUGACUGGAAACCAAACGCACCCGUCAACGAAGGACUCGUCUUCCAUCCUCGGCUGCAGCCCAGUGCUCGGUGUCAGUACCGGGAGGGAGAGGAGUACUCCGUCCUGCACCACAUCCAGAACGGCUCGUACGGUGACGUGUUCUGUGUUCGGGACAAACGGACGGGAUUCGAAUGUGCUGCCAAGAGGAUUCCACUGAGUCACCUCAGCCGUGAGGAGGUGAGCACGUGGAGCGCUCUGAACUCUCCCCGGGUCGUGGAGCUCUUCGGUGCUGUGAGGGAGGGGCUGAACGUGGUGCUGUUCAUGGACCUGAAGCCAGCUUGUUUGGCUCAGCUCCUGAAGGAGAUGGACUCCCUGCCCGAGGACCUGGCCCUGCACUACCUCCACCAGUCACUGGGGGCGCUGGAGCACCUGCACCACAGGAGGGUCCUUCACUUGGAUGUCAAAGUUGACAAUGUGCUGCUGUCUGCAGACUGCAGAGACACAUUCCUCUGUGACUUCGGUCUCUCAGAGACGCUGGACGACAGCGGCCGGAGCACCAGAGCGUUCAGGGGAGCUGCUGCGUUCCCGGGCACAGAGACGCACAUGGCCCCGGAGGUCGCUCGAGGAGAUGGACUCUGUGCGAAGGCCGACGUGUGGAGCAGCUGCUGCAUGUUACUGCACAUGCUCAACGGGUGUCAUCCAUGGAUACGUUACUACUCCCACCCGCUGUGUCUGCAGAUCGUCAACGAGCCCCCCCCUCUGUGGGAGGUCCCGUCCACCUGCAACAACUUCACGGCCAAAGUGUUCAGAGCCGGACUCCAGAAGGACCCGGACAGACGGGCCUCCGCCAAGGAGCUGAGGAGGAAAACCACCAAGGCUCUGAGAGCAGUGGGAGGUUUGAGUCACUGCUCGGUCCAAGCUGCCUGUGAGGUUCUGCACUGUGGCAGGAGGACCCCCCCUCUGUCCCCUCUGAUCCCCACAAAUAAACCAUCAGCCCCCGCGCCAGCUCCCAUGAUGCACUGGGUGAGCCCCUGGAGAACCACGGCGGUGGACGAGGACUUUGGCGAAGACUCUGACGUGGAGGCAGAUUCUUUCAGCGGGGAGUCGGACUCGCCGCCCAAAUCCCUGAGGGACGAACUGGACUGGGACUCGGGCUCUGACUCGGACGUGGAUAUUUACAUGGGGGAGGAGGAUCUCAUCCAGGAGAUGUGGACAAAGAUGGACAGGGACUACGAGGGCGACUGGGAGGAGGAGGGACGUGAGGAAGAGGAGGAUGAAGAGUGGGAGUCUUCAGUGUCCACAGAUUAUCUCCGAGCUCUCAGAGGCCUCUUCCCUCUGCUGCAGAAAGGUCAGCAGGCGAGUGACAGCCCGUGUGGAUCCGACCCCGAGCUGGAACAUCUCAGAGACGACGUGGCUCUUGGCACCACGCUCCAGACCCCCUCCCCUGAACCUCGAGACGACCCCCCCUCCUGUUUCAGCUGCUCGGACACGUCGCAGAGAGACGCCUCAGAGAAGGACUCGGACCAUUCCUCUGACGACCUGAGCUCUGGAGUCUUCUCCUCCUGCGACAGUCACACAGACGGACGCCUGGAGUGGUCGGCCUCGGCCAAUCAGCCGUCGUCCUGCUGCUUUGAAGGUGUUGACAUCUGGAUCGAGAACGUCCAGGGCCAGUGUCUGAGGAUCCGAGAGCGACGGCAGGUCAAAGUCGGACACGUCGCUCUGGGAAUCAGUGACCAGAUCUCGGGGAAGCCCUUCACUCUGGAGACCCUGGACAGGAAGCUGGUGUCGUUCGAGGAGGAGGUCACGGGGUCGUGUGUGUGGCUGCGUUGUGUCUCUGCGCCCGACACAUGUCAUCGCUGGAGCUGGAGGGUCCGAGACGGGAAACUGGAGCUGCAGGAGGAGAACUCACAGUUUGUCUCGUGGCUGUUUGUUGAUAAAAGCCCACGGUGACGAUCCCGGGGGGUCGAUGCUGCUGCUGGAGGACAAACGUGAGACGAGAGAAUUACAUGUUGUAGCAUUUUUGUACGUUAUUGCAGAUUUCUGUUUGUGGACGCACAUGGAAUGUGCCCUACAAGAUGUAGGAGAGAAACAUGAGUAUUAUGGGAACCAUUUCUGAAUAAAGCAUCAUUUAUGAAAGGUUUAUAAGUGGUAAUCAAUAUCUUAAUGGUUCAUUAAUGACUUUAUAAUACUGGGUUGCCAGGUUGUGAGAACAAAACCCUCUUACAGAAAAACACUUUUCUUUUUACCUCUUCAAUCCACGAGGGAGAAAGUUUGAACAGCUGCAGAACAUCUGGACCAACAUGUUUUCACCUGAUCAUUAACAUUUACAACAACAGACUUUAUGGAUUAGUGUCACACAUUUGCAGGCGAGUGAAACACUUUUUAUGAUGAACUGAAGAGCUAAAAAGAAUACAUGUAAAGAAUAUUUAUUUAUAUAUAUCUAUAUAUCGCUUGUUUCAUUGAUGAUUAAAGUCCUUGAUUGUAGUUCCCAAACCCUGAAUCAAUGGAUUGAUCUUCUAAAAGCAAUGCCCUGUUAUGUAUAUAUACAAAUAGAUUAAUAUAUAUGUGUGUGUUUAUAUAUAUAUAUAUAUAUAUAUACACAUAAAUAUGUAUUUUUAUGUAUGAGAGAAAAUUACAAUUCAAAUUGUAGAAAUGUUAAAUAGUGCAAAUGUGUAUAAAAGUACCAGAAGUACUGGAAUGAAUAUUAAAGGUGUAUCAUGAAUAGUAAUGGAUUAUUUCAUAUACAUAUAAUAUUAUGUAGAGUAAAUGCGUGUGAACACGUCUUUAAACAGUUUUUAAAACACUGUAUUAAUAUAGAAGUUCUUCCUGUGUCCGUUAUUUAAACUCUAAACAGAAUCCAGUUCUCACACGUUAGUUAAAACACUGAAGCAUUGUCAUGAUACAAUAAAUGAGAAAUUAAAUUGGUUCUGUCAGAAAAAAUGUGUUUGACUCUUUUCUGUGUGAGUUUUAUUUUAUUUAUCAGAAUCAUUGAGGCUUUUUCAUCAUAACAAAUGUUCAUAAUACUUUAAUUUGUUGUGGUUUUUGUUUAAUGAAUUUAAGACAAAUUGUCGACACAUUUCACGUUUUCAGCUUCUUCUGUUUAAAGUGUGGAGUUUGUGUGACAUGAACAUUUAGACACAACUAACUAAUGAGUAUUUACCUGCA